AUGUGGCUUGGAUCUCUACGGUCGCACAGCUACUUGUUUAGAGAGAUUGUACCUAAAUCAUUGAUCAAUACCAGGUGAGAAGAGUUGGCAGACAUUUUUACAUUUUUAAAAAAUAGAAGCAAAGCCUCUCAUGUAGUGUAUAUGUUAGGCUUACUACGUUGAUUCUCAAUUUUCUUUGUCUCCUAUCCCUCUUUCAUGAAUAAUUAGGGCUAGGAGUCAAAGAAAAUUUUGAAUUAACCUAGGAUCAAAAAUUUUGACCUGAAUUUAAUUUGAACCUGUUAACAUUUCCAAAAACCUGUACUUCAGUGGUUUAUUUUAAGGUCAUUCAGUAAAUUGUGAAGUUUGAACAGAACGUAUGGUCAUAUCUUUGUGAAAAAAAAAUGAUGAACUGGCCUCUCCAAGAUUAAAGAAACAUGUACAAUUUCUAUUCCAUCUCUUUCGAAGGAGAUGGGAUAGCUGGGACCUAUAGCUUGCAGCUUACCACUGAAUCAGGGGCAGAUCCAGGAUUUUUCUUAAGAGGGAGUGCACCAUUAUCAUUGUGAUAAUCAUGAUUAUUAUUAUAUUAAUCAUAGCAGUUUAAUAUUAGGAAGGUCAUAAGUACUUUAUAAUGUUAUCAAGUUUUAAGUAUGAAGUGUUUAAUAGUCUUGGUGAAGCCCAAACUGUGAUUUUACGGAAUGGUUUAAAAAACUUAAUGCAGAUAAUUAUUCUUGCACUAAUAUUCAGGAUAUAGGUUUCUUUAGCCUCCAAAAUUUGAGUGAAAAUUUAACCGUGUCUAUAUCAGAUAAAAAUUAAGUUAUCUACUAUAAUAAACAUGACAUUCGACAUAUUUGUAUUUUUUUGGACUAAUGAGUUUUUGAACAUUGAAAAUUUUAAAUCAGGCCAGGAAGACUUUUGUCAUCCUCCAUUCUUCAUGCCAACAAGAAUUCCAGCUCCCAGGAAGGGCUCAGUUUGGACUCAUCUCUACCAAAGCAAGCACAAGUAGUUGUUUGUGGAGGUGGAAUUGUUGGUUGUUCAGUAGCAUAUCACCUUGCUAAACUUGGAUGGAAAGAUGUGUUGCUACUGGAACAAGGAAGGUAAAGCUUUAGAUAUUUAUCUUUAGCUUCAGGCUUAUUCUUUUUAGAUAAAUAAGUACGCUUAAGUAAUCUAAAGGUUAUUCCAGUGCACAUUACGAACUCUAGCCAAAUGAGCAAUGCAUAUGUCAAAAUUUGGACAGCAAGCUUUUGUUUUCCAUGUAAUGUGACCAGAGUUCAUUAUUAAGUCACUGUCCCAAUUUUCCUCUCUACGUAAAAUUUUGAAAAUAAUAUCAAAAGUAUCAUGAAGAAUUAAUAAAUAACUAUGUUGAAUCAUUUUAGGGUUUGUCAACCCGGUUACAGUAGGGUUAGGUCUGCCAGAAUCAGGUAUAAAGCAAGGUUUUCAAGAGAUCUGAGAUUUUUUGACAGCUUUAAUUUUUAAUUUCUUGGGGGAUGUAACCUUCUUUUUUCCAGUUUAACCUGCGGAACUACAUGGCAUGCUGCUGGCCUUUUGGGUAAACUACGUUCAUCUGCUGCUGAAACCAAACUUUCAAGUUACUCAGUGGAAUUGUACAGCACGUUAGAAGAGGAGACUGGUGUAGGAACUGGUAAGGAGCUUAGCCACAAUACAGUCACAUGACUGUGGGCUGUCAGACUGAGUUUGUAUCUAACAAAUAGGCAACAAUUUUCCAUGGUCUAUAAUUUGUAGAAUUGUACAGCACUUUGGAACUUCUUGAUGUGCUCUUUUGUGUGUUUAGGUUUUCUAAUAUAUAAGCAUCUUUAAAGGCCCUGUCGUCUAAAUAUUCAUUCAGUUUUAUUACCUUGAUGCCAUCUUGGCACUGAGACAUACAGAAUGUUGCCAUAGUUGAAAUUUCACACCAAAAUUGAAGAGCAAUUUGUGACCCAUGAUAUUAAUGGGAGUAUAGGAUAAUAAAUAUGACAUCUGUUAUAAUGAACAGUUCAUUCAGGUUCACAUACACAACACAGUGCAACACAAAAAAUUUUAUCCUGUCCAAUUGCCAGGUUUCAAACGUUGUGGUGGACUAGUUGUUGCACAGACCAAGGAUCGCCUAACCUUUUUAAAGAGAAGAGCAGCCAUAGGCAGGUAUGUUGAUGAUGGCUUCAGUUACCACCAAACCUUCAAAGUAAUAAAUAGGGGCACCCAACGGCAAUUUUUGGAAAAUAUCUGUUCAGAAGAUGAUUUGAGAUCUAGAAUUUUCGGAACAUUUGUUGUAAAAUUUCUUACUUGCCUGCCUCUCCUAGGAUUUUCGAACAUCUAAAAAUGGUAUAAUUGCCCAUUUUUGGGGGGGAUUUUUACCCUAAAAAGGUCACCUAGAACAUUCGGGAGCCUUUUUUCUGGCUGAAAUUUUCGAAAAGGUAAGUUUUGAUCCCUAUAAUUUUUGGAUCACUAGACUUUCAGCUAGGAAAUCUGAACAGAUGAAAAAUUUUUAGGGCAUAAAAAUAUGCCCAUAUCUACCGUUUAAAUACUAAAAUACGUUCAAUAAUGCUAUGUUUAAGUGUUUUUGAACUAUAUUCUCGUUGGGUGCCCCUGAUGAAAUGGUCUCAGGACUCUUGUGAAUACAUGAAAGCAAUCUACCUCUACAAACCAGGUAGGUUAGAAUUAUUUUGAUUGUCUGCUUACAGAAAGUUCAUUUUUUUCAGUGUGUAUUAAAAGAAUAUGUAGGUUUCGCUCUGUGUUGGUUUGUAUAUUACUGUUUAAGGUAAUCAAACCCCUAUUCUAAUUGAGAGAUCGCAUUUCAUGUGAAAGACCUAGCACAUGGUUUGCAUUGUAUUUUACAGAGCCCAGAAUAUUGACACUGAGGUGUUAUCAACAGAUGAAAUACAGAAGUUUUUUUCACUUGACAUUAGAACUGACGACCUAGCGGUGAGUGCCAUUUAGUAAUAGUUGGGUAUCCUGUGUCCCAUGCACUCCCCUGGAUUACAAAAAAGAAACAUGGCCUCUUGACACAUUGUCUGAACCUUAUGGUCUCUGUAUGGAGACACGAAGAACUAUUAGUGUUGCUAUGCUUAUUCGAGGUGGGCGCUUAUUCGCGGCUGUGCGCUUAUUAAAUUUUCACCAUUCUCAGCAAGUGUAGUAGUAUAUUUUGCAACAAAACAGUAAAUGCUAAUAACAAAAAGUGAAGAAAUAACAAAGCAAGGUUUCUGUACAAUACACUGAAGAAAACUCCGUCUUCGGGAGGGUCUCUUAUUAUCUCUUAUUGGAGUUUUUAUUGGAGAAAGUGGGGUGGGGUGGGCGCUUAUUAACUUUUUCUGCCUUUAGGAUGGGCGCUUGUUCGAGGUGGGCGCAGUACAAUACAGUAACCACCAUAAACUCCUCGCAUUUCGGGUGGUCUCUCACGGAAGGUUUGAUUGUAUGAUGAUGUAAAUCAAGUGUUUUUGUUAUUGUUAGGGUGGUCUUUGGAUCCCCAGUGAGGGUGUAGCAACUUCCACUGAUGUCUGCCAAGCACUUGCUAAAGGAGCGUCUUUAAAUGGUAUGAUAAUUACGUCAUGAAUUAGCUCACAUCUUAUGACUAUCUGUUGUAAUUUUUCUAAACAAUUUGUGUCACCCUUUCGUCAAGUUCCUGCGGGAGUUAGAAUUCAUAUCUGUAACCAGACCCCACAAUACGAGGGACCUCCAUAGACUUUCUAAAAGAGGUCGACUAGUAGCAAGUCUAGGACCUCCAGUAAUCGAUUCUCAGUCCCAUCGGAAAAAAAUUUUGAACUUGGUGAUUUGUUUUCAGGUGUGAAAAUUUUUGAAAAAGUUUCAUUAGAAUCAAUUUUGACGGAUGGCAAAUCUAUUACUGGAGUGGAGACAAACCGUGGACCUAUUAGGUGUGAGAUAUUGGUCAAUUGUGGUGGCCAGGUAAUGAACGGUAUUUUCUUAUUAAACUAAUUUUAUCUUAGGGCCCUUCCGCACGAAAAAUUUACAAAAUGUGUUUGUCUGUACCAAAACAAAUGACAAAAUUUACCUUUACCAAAGUUUUAUCUGUCGUCCACUCCCCUACCCGGGCUCCAGAGGUCCGUUCUCGAAGGACAUUAUGAUGGAAUAAACUGUGCUUACGGUUUGAUGAAGCUCCCCUCUCCACCCCCCUCCCUCCCUUCAGUGACACAACAAUAACAAUAGUUUCGCGAAAAAACAAGCAACUACGUACAAACCGACAUUUGAUUGGUUGGCAGUUGUAACUGGUUUUUGACGUUUGAAAAAGGUUUGUCAAGUUUCUAAGAAAGUCGACGGCACUGCUUUUUUUAAACGAACUUGACUUUAUGUGGCUUGAUUGCUCAUACUUUUGGUUGUUUUACCAAUGUAUGUAUUGUCUGUAAUGCAUUUUAAUAGAAUCCUGUUUUGUUUUGUUUUUUUCAUUUAAAUAGUGGGCAUGGGAGAUCGGCCAGGUGAGGAAAUAAUUUUAGAUUUUUAAUUUUUAAAUCUUCAUUCUUAAACAUCGUUGAGGAUUGAUUUUCCUUUUGACAAAGACAUCAAGAAAUUAUUUUAGUGGCUCAAAAGGCCUUAGCUUCCGUUAAUAGCACGCGUAUCUAAUUACCAUAUCAGGAGAUUGAUGUCUUGUGCCAUGGACAAUCCCCUGUACUGCCGCGUAGACUGCACAACAGACCGUGUUUUUGCAUAAAUCAAGAACGCGGCGUGAGCGUUUAAACGAAAGUCCUGAAGCGGGGGUGAAGACGGAGUGUGGUGUGAAAAUCUUACGCCGGCGUUUCGCGCCUUCAAAACCAAUUUUGAGGAAGAAACCCGAGUAUUUGCAAUCGACCUUAGUUACUGGGAGCCACUUAACAAAUUAUCGACACACAGAAAAAUAGUAUAGGGUGUAAACCAAUAUAUAUGCCGGGAGCGUAAAAAUCCUUGUUUAUCAUGUAUAUAGAUAAGGACUGUAGAGACAGCAAAAAUAAACAAUGUGAGUGUUACAACCUUGCGAUAAUAGGGAAUCAAAAUGUUGAAAGUAUCUUCGUUUUUUCAUUGCCGACAGAAAUGCACUCCCAAAGUGACCUUUCCACUGCAUUCUACAGAACAUUUUUACAUAGUAACGAAGCCAAUAGAAGGCGUUUCCUCUACAUUGCCCGUCAUCCGGGACCAUGAUGGACAGAUUUUUUUUCGUGAGUGGAGCGGUGGUCUCAUGAGCGGAGGUUUUGAGAUGGAGGCAAUUCCUGCCUUUCAUGAAGGAAUUCCUAAAGGAUUUGAAUAUCAGCUGCUUCCAGAAAACUGGGACCAUUUUGGUGGGUUUCUUGAGAUAUGCAUGAUGAUAUAAUGUAACAUGAAUUUGUUUGUGUGCUUUGUACGCCGUAACUGACUAACAAAGAAGGUUUAAUUAGUUGCUCUAGCUACUUUCGCAUGACAUCGCGGUUCGCGGGGUUUCACCUACCAGUUCUACCUGUAACUCCGGUAGCUUAAACGAUAAGUAACAAUUUUGAACAUUUUCCCGCCUAAACUAUGAACCUUUAUACGGAAAGGUUCAAUCAGAAUGGUGACUUUUGCCAAGGCGCAAAGUUUUUUUUUUCCGGGCGGUUUUUAAAUGACUACCAAAACGGUUUGUGAUUGGCUGAAGUAUUUGCGCCUCUUUGUCGACCAAUCAAGAGUAAAACCAAACACUAAUCUUAACUUGCUCGCUUGCGUUGUUCCCGCGCUUGGUAGCCGAUUAGAUGAGUUUUUGCUUCAAGGAUCUGAUUGGUUCAUUUGUUUCUUCUGCGGCUGUUGUGAUUGUUCAGAGUGUUAAAUUACCAUUCUUUUAUCUGUUUUUCUUUACCGCUGGGUGCGUGUUUGUCAAAGCAUGAAUCGCUCAGCGUGUUUACUUUCGUUGCGGAACCUGUUAACUUUUUUUCCUUCGCAAAAUAAUCAUUUGAAGGAAAUAUGACACAUUUUGCGUCUUUUUAGACGAUUUAAUGAGGAAGAUGCUUCAUCGCUUGCCUUCGAUGGAGAACGCUGAAAUUCGUUAUAUGAUCAAUGGCCCAGAGAGCUUCACACCCGAUUCACGAUACUUACUUGGGGAAGUUCCGGAGGUAUUGUAAAGUUAUGUCUCCCUCAGUCCCGAAGGCAAUCUCGCAAUUGCUACCAUUUUGUAGUUUUUCGCAAUUUGAUCGCUUUGUGGUUUUCUCUUACAUGUAAAACUCUUAGUGGUUUAGGGUUAAGACGGUGUAAAAUCAUUGUUUUCAAAAGAAAACAGACGUCUUGCUUUAAACGCGUAGAAAGAUUCGCUUUCUUUUGUCAAAAAUUAUGUGUAAAAUACCUUUAACAUACUAGCGAAACUGCAUCGAACGCUUUGAUAAAUUAAGAUAUUGCUAUAGGAUCCAUGGGUAAACCAUCAGAAUUUUUAUCUCAGGUGCGUAAUUUCUACGUAGCCGCUGGCUUCAAUUCUGGAGGCAUCGCCAACGCAGGAGGAGCUGGUAUGGCCCUCGCAGAGUGGAUCACUGCAGGGGAGUCCACGAUGGACCUCUCUUCCGUGGACAUACGUCGAUUUGCUCCUUCUCAUAACAACAAACGCUUCUUACAAGAAUGCGUGAAAGAAACACUUAGCUGGCAUUACUUGCUACGGUUUCCUUAUUCAGAGAGGAUACGUGCACGUCACAUCAGACGUUCACCGCUGUACUCUGAUCUGAGUGCUGCUGGCGCAGAAUGGGGCGAUAAAAUGGGAUGGGAAGUGGCUAAGUGGUUUAAUCUUCCAGGACAAGGUACAUGAUGUAUGGUGUUAUACAAGGGAAUCUGCCUUUCCUAAUAAGCUUGUGCACCUCGUGGUGUAGACUUUUGAAAGGGUGGGGGUGGGGGAGGAGAAAAGCUGACGCGCGAGAAUAUUGAGGGCGUUCUCGCGCACCCUUUUCGAGGAUAUUUAAGGCGUUUUUCCGCGCACAUACGUUUCGAAAUAUUACCACGCAGCUUAUAAACUUGUCAUUGUCACUUCGGCACCUCAAAUUUCGAGACGAUCACUGAUAAUGGAUCGUCUAACCUGAUCGUUUUUCUGUUUUGUGUGUUUGUACGUAGCAUUGUCAAGUGAUAAUGAAAUAUUCGUACUGUAUGUUGUUGUUUUGGUUUAGGUCACCCUGGCGAGAAUGGUUUUGGCAAACCAAGUUGGUUAAGCAGCACAGAGGUGGAGUACAAAGCGUGCACUGAGGGGGUUGGGGUUGUUGACUUGACCUCGUUUGGUUUGUUCGAAAUUGAGGUACGGCAUGUGUUUCUCCUCUCUUUAAAAUAACCUUCAUUUAAUAAAAACUUUCCAGCAAUUAUCAGUGUUAUAAAUGUUACAUUUAAUUGCAGUCCCCGAAAGACGGAGAAUGUGAGACAUUUCUUCAGUACCUGUGCUCAAACGACGUUUGCCUUCCAGUGGAGCAUACUUCACACACAUUGGUACUUAACAGACGCGGAGGAAUUGAGCUCACCUGUACGGUGAUACGAAGCACACCCAAUAGGUAGGAUCUUGGAUUUUACAACAAUAUCGUAUUUUUCUCUGCUCGCAGGCUUGAUGUAGUUUUAAUCAGACCGUUGACAAAUUGGUCACUUUAGAAUCGAAAAACAACAACAAAAAAAUGGGCUGAGAUAAUUUUCGCAAAGACUCCUGAGACUGUAACUAGGGACGAGAAAAAAAUUGGCCAAUAGCUGACUGACGCGUACCGAGUAAAGAUUGCGGGACGCAUUUCGGCUGCAGUUUCUUCCUCAUUUCGAUAGUAACGAAUGCGAAAAUUCAAACUUUGAUUUAUCAGUACCACACUCGAUAUGUAGCCUUCGCCACAAGCUAAGGUUUUCGCACUUGACUGUCUGAUUUCCAAUCAGUUUUUCAGUUUUUCAAAGCCUUCUCAUGAAGUGACCUUUUAUUCCUUUCUUGCUUGUCACAGAUUUAUAAUUUUGCUGCCCGAUGCAGAACGUACUACCAUUGCGCAGUCACUGAUUUCGCGGAACAUCCCAGCAGACUCUGCGAUCACACUUCGUAACAUCCAAUCAGCAUUCGCUAUUCUAGGAGUACUGGGUCCUAAUUCACAGACCUUGCUUCAAACUUUGACACAGACUUCGUUAGACGUAAAUGACUUCCCAGAAAACGCAGCACAGGUAAAUAGGAUCGUGUUAUUAACAAACAAUUAUACUUGUCAUAGGGGAGGGUUAAAAUCUAAAUUACAAUAAUUAUUGCCUUUUGACAGGAAAUCGAUUUGGGUUUUGUGUCGGGUGUGAAGGCCUUCAGAAGCAGUUGUUUCGGCGACCAGAGUAACGACUGGAAAUUAUUAGUUCCUUCUGAGGUAAGAAUCAAGCUUUGAAAUAAUGCCAGUUUGCUGACAAUAGUGCUGACUUAUUUUCAAAAAAAGAUGUUUUCAGCCUAGCCUUGUAAGGGCAACUUUUAAACGAGAAGAGCUCUUUGAAUGCUCACGCACGGCAUUAAUAUGCGCGAAACCCCCAGAAAUCUGGGUAGUGGUGUUAACCAAUCGUUGAGAACUCCCAGAAUUUAUACUCGGUCUUGUUAUUUGUACAGCUCGCAGUUUGUUUGUACCAAGAUCUGAUGAAGACUGGAAGGGAACUGGGAGCAAUGAAUGUUGGCCGAUUGGCGAUUGAUUGUUUACGAAUUGACAGAUUCGUUCCUAAGAUGGGAAGUGAGCUGACUUCCUUCAUCAGCCCGUGGGAGGCAGGGCUGGGAGACAGAGUUCAUCUAGACAAGGUACGAACUGAUAGCUAUUUACUCUCCGUCUCCACCCCCUCUGGCGUUCGCGGCAACGCCUUCAGCUAAUUGUUCGCCUCUUAUCUCUUGAAACAAACCAAGCCUCGCUCUUUUAGGUGUAAUUUUUCUUAGGAAAAUAAAUAAAUAAAUAAAAAAAAACAUGUAGAGGAGCUUUGCUCGGGAUGAUCGGAACUUGGAUCCUAUUCACGGUGAUCUUGAAGGUCAACUUGAUCGUGGAAAAAUUGCUGUUCCGCUAGUUGUCAAUUUGCAUUGGCCAGAUUUUUGUUGUUUUACAACAAACAACACACUAGCGUGAGCACCGGAUUUUUUAAACCCCAACAAAGGCCUGAUACACAGGCUAAUAACUCAGAAGGAUAUCAGUGUAGAAAGGUGGUGCACAGAGUACAGAAGCACAAAGAAAUAAUCAGAUGUUAGCUCUUCCCUCCGCCGAGGCCGCCUUUGUCGUAGGGAGGCUGGGGAGAAGGAAAGAAUGAAGCGCGCGGGGGACGAUGGGAAGGGGGAAGGGAGAAAACGAGAUUCCCGCCUUUUCCCUCUUCCCAUCGUCCCCCGCGCUUUUUUUUCGGUUAUUGCUAUAUUAUUGCGAUAUCCAGCGGUAGCCUCUGCGGAUGAGAGAGAAAAAGAGAGAUCAGAUGGUAGUUAGCAGGCCAGGAAGAUAGAUGUGAAAUUGUUAAAUAAGACAACUGAGGAUGCACAGGACCACCAUGCCGUUGUCUUCAACACAUAGAAGGUAACAAAGUUAAUCUUUUCCAUUGUUUUUUUAAAGAAAUGAACGUUUUGAUCGUUUUUUCUAAUUAAGACAAUUUACCUACCUAGGUUUUUUAUUAUCUUUUUGUAGAGUUGUGAUUUUAUCGGAAAACAAGCUCUCAUUGAUUGCCAAAGCAAGCGUCAAAAGAAGUCCCUGGCCUACAUUACCCUUCAAGAUCAUGAUGAUGAUAAUUUUCCGUGGGGUGGAGAGCCGAUCUUAAGAAAUGGCUCUUUAAUAGGAUCAACGACAAGUGUUGGCUACUGUUUCAAGGGAGGUCGGCCAGUGUGUCUAGGAUACUUAGAAGGAGACGGAGACGACCUUUUUGUUCAAGAUGGACGAUUCGAAAUUGAAAUAGCUGGAUGUUUCUUUCCUGUUUCGGUCACUUUCGACUGA